ACAUUUCAUUUUAUCAUGUUUGGCAAUGAAAAUGUUAUGAUCUAAAAUGAAAAAAUAAAUGUUUAGAUGCUACAUAACUGUAAAUGUAACUUACCGUUUUAAUCACCGAUAGACAGAAUCAUUUCAUUUUGUCGAAUCACAUAGUAGUUGUUUUUGUUUUUGUUUUCAAUCAAAUAUAUAUGAUGAUGAUGAUGAUUAUGAUAACAACAACAGUGUUUAUUCGAAAAAUGUUUAUGGAAAAUAAUGCUGAACUAAGAGAAAAAAUGUUUUCAUAAAUUUUGAUUAAUAAAUAUAUAUAAUUGACGAUUAUCAUGGCCAGAUAAUUUAGCCAAUUGCCAAUCAUCAUCAUCAUCAUGAUAUAUUCAUAUUGAUCUGUACUUUUCUUAAUUUAUAAACAAUUUAAUAAACAAACCGAAUCCACAACGUUUCCAACCGUAAAAUAAUGAUUAAUAGAAUGGAAUCAAAUUAAAUCUAAACACAUAAUCAUUUUUUAAAUUAAAUUCAAAAAAAUCGAACAUUUGAAAAACAAUCAUACGUACAUACAAAUAGCUUUGAGAACAAACAACAUGAACUUUGAGAACGCUGAUCCCCAUCUCUCAUAGUUAUAAUAGUGAUCAAUGACUAUUAAUGGCUGCCAUAAAAGACAAACAAACAUUGGUCAUCAUCAUCAUUAUUUUAAUCGAUUACAAAUCACGUUAUCAUUCAUCAUCAUUAUCAUCAUUACCACAAUGACAUUAGCAAUAGAACAACAACAACAACAACAACAAUCGAAUAAUAGAACUGAGAUGGAAAACCAACUAACUAAUGACAAAUUUGAAUCACAUGACAAUACUUUUCGGCAAACAAUAAAUAACCAUUCAAACAUAGAGGGCGAUAAUAAUGGAGAAAAGAAAUCAUCUAUUAUAUGUGUAGAGGUGGCAUUCGUAGCGAUAACGUUGUUAUUCAUGUUUAGUUUUAUUGUAUAUGAAAUUUUUUGCUCUGGAACCAGUAGUGGUGGUGGUGGUGGUGGUGGUUCACCGAAUGAACCGGAAGAACAGACACAGUACAUGUUAUGCAUGUCCGAAAAUGCCAUUUACGAUUAUUUGCUCAUAUUUCGGGUUGGAUGUCCUAGUCAUGGUUUUGAUCUUAACAAUUCAUGCAUUGAUUUCGAGAUUCUAGGCCAAAAAGAUGAAAUGAUUGGUAGUCCAUUCAGAUUUGAUUGUUCACUUCUUGGUGACAUUGUUUGUGGUGAAAUGCAUUGUAUCAUUAGACGAUUAACACCUAUGCCUACGAUUCAAGGAAUUCGUGCCAGUCAUUCUAAUCGUUUUCAUUCAACAAAAACAUCAAAAUCAUCGUCAAUAUUUUUCUAUGAAUUCGAACUACGUGAUAGAACCGCCGCAUCAUCAGCUGAUGAAAAAGUUGUCGAAUUUCGUUUGAUACUGGAUUACAUUGAAUUUCAGCCACGGAUAUUCCGUGGUUUUCUACCAAAAAAUCUUAAUGAUGAUGCAAUGGUGGGCGUUUAUCCGGAGAUUCCAAUCAUUGAAAUGUCCAUGAUUGAGAUGGCAAUUUUUUCUUGUUUCACUAUCGUUUUGAGUGGGACAUUAUGUAUGCUAUUGGAGCAUAGCAAUUUUUAUUUGUACAAACAACAAGAACGGCAAGGAUCGUUGUAUCGUUCAUUACAGGAUUUAGUAUUUAUUGGACCGGUCGUAUUAUUGGUGUUGUUUGGCAAUAUUUUUGUUUACAAAUACAAUAUCAAACGUUUGGCAACACGAUACGAAUAUUCGGUCAAUCAAACAAGCAGUGAUUAUAUGCGAUACUUUGCCAAAAGUUAUCUAAUAUUUACUGGCAAAUUGAUCUUAGCAUGUGAAGCAAUAAUCAUCUAUUUUGGUUUGAAAACAUCAACCACAUUGUCAUGGUAUUGGUUUUCAUCCACUACGCUCACUUCAACCACUGUAUUGGGUAUUUGGGCUUGUGUUAAUAAAUUGAAUUGCAUGUCAAAAUUCUACAAUAACUAUGCUAAUCGAUUUGAUUCAUUGAUUAGUCCGACCAAAGUGGAAAUGAUUACGGCUGUUUCUAGCUCCAAACAACAAUUACAACAACAUUAUCAUCAAUCAAAAAGUGAUUCUGUCGAUAUGAGUGCUAAUUCUAGCCAAUCGAUAUCAUACAUUGAACCUAAAUUAAUCAAUCCAAAAAGGACACAUGCAACAGGUAAUAUUCAACCAUAGUGUUCCAAUAAUAAUGUGUGUGUGUGUGUGUGUACUUUUUCAACAGGUACCAAACAUCAUUCUUCUUCGUCAUUGGUUGCCAAUAAAAAAUCCAUUCAGAAACGAAUUAAAACGAUAAAUGCAUCAAAAUUGGUGGCCAUAAAAAACAAUAAUAAAAGAAUAAUGCAUUCAAAAAGCAAUAAAAGCCAAAGGAAACGGAAUAAAAGCAUCCAAUGAAUAAUAAAUACAUUGAUUGAUGAUUGUGUUUUGCAUAAAGUAAUCAUCUUAUGUGUCAAAUACGUGAAGCCAAUAAUCAAUCCAGGAUAUGAUACACAAAUCCCUUGUUCCGCGUUCAAUAACUUUCAAAUAAAAAUAAAUUGAUGAUGAUGAUGAGCAUUAAAUAUGAGAUGGAUGACAAAAAAAACACACACACACACACAUUGGAUGCUGAAUUCAUUUCAAAUUACUUCAAGUGGACAACAAUUAUUAUUGUUAUCAAUUAUAAUCAGAUUUGAGUGUCAUGGCCACCACCAAUGUCCAUUUUUUUGUUUGAUAUUUAUUUAUUCAUCAAUCGCCACAC